UAGAAAUUGACAGCACUGACAUUACUUGUCGCAAACAUGUCGGCUGCUGAGUGUAUUUUGACGAUUGACACGCAAAACGCCUGCGAGUAAAAAUAUAAACAUCUCGCGAGAGCAGAAAAGUGUCUCGCUGUCACAAUUGUCACUUUCGAGAAUGCCACGUAUAAAACAUGAGCUGGUUUGAUGCUACAGGAUUUGCCAAUUUGGCAAAAUCUGCUCUGAAGGGAGCUCAGAAGACAAUAGACAAAGCUUUGGAUAUCAAGGAAGAAGAACCAAAACUUUCAUCGCAUGAUGAGACUACUGAUUUUUUUGCAAGCUGGGGAGUGCAGAAUGAUGAAGAAACCAAUAAGUCCAACAGCAAUUCACAGAAACAGCAAAACUCAAGCAGUAUUUGGGGUAGUUUUACUGGUUCGUUUUUUGAAUCGCCAAAAUUAAUAGAAGAAAAUGUGCGGAAGACUGUAAAGCAUUCAGAGUCCUUUCAAAGCACCACAAGUCAAGAUAACCAAGAACAUGGACUGGUAUCUUCAACUUCUGCUCCUGAAAAAUUGGCAGCCAAAGACACAAAGUCUACAAAGAGUGAAGCUGUAAAUAAAACAAACGAGAAAGAGUUUAGUUGUGUCAGUGAUACUGUAAAUACUAAUAAUAGUAUAUUUAAAGAAUCUGAUAAUGAUAAAAGUAUGUUAAAAUCUUAUAUAUCCUCAGAGCAAUUGCCUCUAGAUAAUGUUGUUCCUAUCAGCACUGAGAAGAGUAUAGCUAAAAGUAUUAGUUUAGAUUCGGAACAAAUAUGCCAUGUACCAACAGUAAAAAACAUUGAUGAUGAUUCUAGCGAAGAAGAAGGACAAGAUAGUAAUGAAACAACAUCAGAAAGCAACAACACCAAUCAAUUAUCAAAUCCCACUAAUGUGUUCCAAACAGUACCUAAUAUUUCUUCCGAGAGUGAUAAGAAAAGCUUUGAGAGUGUGGAGAUACUUGGUUCGCAAUCUAACACUGAUUGCACCACCACACCCGACUCAGAUCCCACUUCUGCUACAAAUUCGUUGAGUCCUUCAGUUGUCGGUAUCAAGGUAAAUUCUGAAUCGGUAGAGAUAUUGCCGGACAGUCUGGUAACGUCACCGAGCUCCGUAGAAGUUCUGGGAGAUUGGAAAAGCGACAGCAGUCCUUAUCUGUCACCAAUAGAUCCAAAGAAUUCAGAAUCAUCUCCUAUUCUAGAUGGAGACGAAUGUGCCACACCGUGCAUAGAAUGCACCGAUAUGUUACAGCUACCGAGUAGCAGAAGUCAAGCCGAAGCCUCAUCGUCCGAUAUCUCUCCGUACGAAUCUCCGAUGGAAGAAGUCAAAAUGUUGAACACCAAUUCAUAUUCUUGUAGUAUUGAUAGUACACCGUCGCCUAAUGCGUUUUCUAGUCUAGAUAUGAAUAAAACUUCGUUACAUACGACGGACAGUUCCAAAACAUCGCCUGAAAGCGUUGAGGUGAUACCUGAGGAUGUGGACGAAUUAGAUGAAGCGAGUGUGGCCGAAGAUUCUUAUACUUCGGCUUCCGAGGGUACGAUCAUGACGAUACUCGAGCCGUUUCAACAAUUGGAUGCUGGUAAAAAUAAGAUGGAAUUGGUCGACGUUAAGAUAUCUGCACAGAUGCAUGAUUCGUGCCCAGACAAUAGACAAUUGUUGGCCAAGGCUUGUACAGAAAACAAAUUAAAUUUGAGCCUUGACUCGUUAAAAGAAAAACACAAUUUGCAUUUAACGCUUGAGCCAAUCACUACACAACCAAUUCGCAAAACGGAUCAUUUAGAGGGAGUGAAUGAAAAAUCGGAUGUUUCUACUUUUUCUGAGUUAAUGAACACCACUAUAGAACCACCGGAUCCGGACAUUUAUUCUCACAUCGAUAAUGUGGAAGAAACAAAAAUAGUCGAGAGUAAUACCGAUCAGUAUUUAAUAUCUACAGAUUCAAGUAGAGAGGGAACCUUGAUAGAGAGCAGUUCGGAGGAAAAUGCGACGUUAAUUUGUACAAGUGAUUCGAAAGUCCUAGAAACACCUUUAACUACGAGUUCGUACGUGAAAACUAUGCUGGCUGAUGCUAUGGUCGAGAAAGGUGAAAUAAUCGAUAUGGAACAUCAUUGUGCCGAAGUGCAGCGAGAAAACUCGCCUAUAUCUUCAGAAAGUCGUUCCGAUCUGGUGAAAAUUGGUUCUGAUCAAACUAGCGGACAUACGAGCGGAGAUGAAUUAGAAACAACAACAUCAAGCGACAUUGAAAUAAUAUCCAGUGUUCAACAUACAAACAGAGAGUCAACACAUGAUUUGUUGAUCAGUCCGAACGGAGAUUCGAGUUCGACCCAAUCGCGACAGAGUCCGGCGAAACUGCAAUUAACUAAAAGCGGUGAUUUGCUAACAAAAACUUUAAAAACUAGAGGACAUUCUCGUGAAUUAAGCGAGAUCAGUGUAGGAUCGGACGAUGCAAAUGUGGAAAUAGAAAAAUUAUUAAAGCGUAUACAGGAGAUGACUGAAAUUUUGGAGGCUAGAGAAUCGAAGCUAAUCGACGUGAGCAGAAUAAACAUGGAAUUGCAUGAACAAAAUGCAAAUUUGAUGAAGCAACUUGAGAAUUUUCAAAAACACGCGGAGCAGAAUCAAAAUAUAAAUCAAAUCACGGAUGAAUAUACGCAGCGUUUAUCAGCAUUAGAGAGAAAGUUUCAACAGGCGAUAAGGGAGCGUGAUCAAUUGAGAAAAAAUCUAGAUCAAUUGAAAUUGGAAGCGGCUUCGCGUUUGUCAUCGCAAGAAAUGUCUAGCAUAAACGCCGAGAAGGAUGAAAUUAUAAAAGAGCUUCGUGAGGAGGGCGAAAAACUCAGCAAACAACAACUUCAACAUAGUAACAUCAUUAAAAAAUUGCGAGUAAAAGAGAAGGAGACUGACGCAACGAUAAAAAGUCAAAAAGAACAAAUAGAGGAACAACAUACAGAGCUAGAAAGAUUAAAGCGAUCGUUAUAUGCGAAAGAAGAAGUGGAACGUAGUCAGAUAGAAGCAGUUCACACACUGACGGCAAAAACAAAAAAACAAGAGAAAGAAAUAUUGACACUACAGGAAAAACUAGAUAAUGCGUUACACAAAAUGGAGGCUUAUAAAAAAAGUUUGGAUGCCGCAAAAGUAGACUUAGCAGAGACAAAGAAAAAAUUGAUAGCCACAGAAGAAGAAUUGAAAGAAGCUGUGGAUAAUGCAGGAGAAUCGUGCCAGUUGUUUGCCCAACUAGAGGAUUUAAAACUGAAAUAUCGUCAAGCCGAGGAAGCUCAUGUCAAGAGGGAGGAGUUUCUCAAACACGAAAAUAACGAGUUGCUCAAACGAUUGGAAGCCGCAGAAGCCAGAAGUGAAGAAUUAUCCGAAUCCGUUUCGGUUGCAACAAAACCUCUGUUAAGGCAACUGGAACAGCUCCAAGCAAAUUUGUUACAUAAAUCUAACAGCUAUAUGAAGCAAGAGAAAGUUUUGUCGGAAAAAAUUAUAGAAUUGCAGUCUAAAAUCGAGAAUCUCGUCGAGACGGAUCGUCUUCUGAAAGAAGAGAAUUUCAAUUUAAAAUCCAAAGAGUCGCACUUAGAAUCGAAGCUCAAUUUAAAGGAAAAAGAAAAGACAGGAUUACAGGAAUCAUACAAUAAUUUAAAGGAGAAAAAUGAAAGAUUGCUGGAACAAACUAAGCAACAUCAAGAAACAAUAAAGACCCUUGAGCAGACGCAUUCCGAUUACGUGCAGGAACUGAAGAGAGAGAUAAAUGCGUUAGAGAAUAAGUUAGCCGUGGAGAAAGCAGCGACCGACGCGGAAAGAAGAAGAAAUAACGCAUUACUAGAGCAGCAGCAAAACACCGAUGAUGAAUCGCGAUUUAGUCCUACUCUAAGUAUUGGACAAGAAUCCGUCAGCAGUGUAAACAGCGUCUGGCCAAGUUUUAGCGAUUCAGUGUUCGAUAAUAAUUCCGGAAGAUUUCCUCCAAUCUCGUAUGAAAAUAUCAGAGCAGGUUCGAGCAGUACGUCGAUCUUCGAAAAUCUGCAGGCGCAACUAAAACAAAGAGAUGGCGAGAUACAACAACUUCAAUGGGAGUUGUCUCGGCGGAAUGCCGAGAGGGACGCACUGAACUCGGAAGUAGCGACGUUAACUCUGAAAGUUGAGGAUUUGAGCAGUAAGGUGACGGAAGCACAAGCGCUUAAUGAAAGCCUCGCUGAAACACAGACGCGAUAUGAUGCUUUAUUGCAAAUGUACGGCGAAAAAGAGGAAGAGAAUCAAGAAUUGCGAUUGGACCUUGAAGAUAUUAAGGAGAUGUACAAAAUGCAGAUUGAUCAAUUAUUAAAGAGACAAAAUUAACUAUGACUUACGUGAUGUGAAAUGUUCAGGAACACAGACUGUUUGACGUGAAGCCUAUAUAAUUCUCGGUGAAAAAAUUCGAUUACUAUUACAUAAUGUAAACUUUAUCUUGUUCUAUCACUAAUUUUUGUCUACUCCUAUCAAAAUUCGGCACACAUACAACAGUUUUAUAUAGUGAACGAUUUUAGUGACUCAAAGAGAAAAAACUGAAAAAAAUGUAUUUCUAAUGUAUUUCUAGAAUGAAUAUAACGCGAAAAUUUGUGAUAAAGA